AUGUCUACCUCAGAACGCCCCUCAGCCCAGAGCCCCGCUGCUUCAGACGCGUCAGUCACCGGCGUGGCGCCACCAUCGCAGACGGUAUCUCCCACACAUGUGCAUGAAGCGAGCCAGCAAGGUGCAACGGCACCCGGCUCUGGCUCGACAGUUCAGGAUUUACCAACACAUUCAGACAUGGACAUCGAUGCACAGCCAAAGACUUCUAUGGCCGUAGAUGGGGGUCACCAGCCAAACUUCAAGGAGAAGGUGGUCGGAUAUGCGAAGCAAGUGAGAGGAACGACGUUAGGAAAGACCGAGCAGAAGGAGCAGGGCCAGCGCAUUGUUCAUGGCGAUGAGCACUUUGAGCCCAAGAAAUUCGGGUCCAAGGCUCCCUAG